CCCAAAAAAUUCCCGCCCCUCCCCCACAUUCCCGCCCCUCCCCCCCUCUGCCCUUGGCCGCGACCGCUCCGGGCGGGGGGAGGGGAAGACGCCCCAAAACCCCCCAAAAAAACCCAAAAAAACCCCAAAAAACCCCCAAAAAACCCCCAAAAAUCCGCCAUGGGGCGGGGCCUCGCUAUGGGGCAGCGCCUCUGUGGGGCCGCCCUAUAUCGGAUCUGCUGUGGGGCCGCGGCCGUUUUGGGGUGGUCGGGGUUCCCCAGGGCCCAUUCGCUGCUGCUGGCGGCACUUGUGGGGCUGGGGCCGCUGCUGUGGGGCAGAGGGGAUCCCCACAGCGUGCUGGCCUCGCCCCAUAACCGGCUGGAGGCCCGCCUGACCGCCAGCGCCCCCGCCUGGACCUGGCUGCUGAUUGGCUCCCUGCUGGUGGCCUCCUACCCGUGGCUCCGCCCCCCCUGGCGCUCCGCCCUGCGCGCCCUCGCCCGAUUGGCCGUCGCCGUGGCGCUGUCCCGCGCCGGCCACGCCCUCGGCCACGCCCUGGAGGCCGCCACCGGAAGCUGCACAAGCCCCGCCCCCGGCGGGACGCUGCUGCUGCCAAUCAGAGAGCCGGAAACCUGCCGGGGGGCGGGGCAUCGCUGGGAGGGGUUUGGCCCCGCCCCCCAGGCCUUUGACCUGGUGCAUUGUGGGUUGGGGCUCGCCGAGGAGGCGGCGGCGCUGGGGAGGAGGAUCUACGGGCUGGGCAAGAUGGCCGCCGCCAGCAAGAUGGCCGCCGGGCACAAGAUGGCUGCCAUGCGCAAGAUGGAUGACCCAUACAAGAUGGCUGACCCAUACAAAAUGGCCACCACGCACAAAAUGGCCGACCCAUACAAAAUGGCCGCCGGUAGUGAGAUGGUUGAAAGAUCCAAGAUGGCCGACGCACCCAAGAUGGCUGACCCAUACAAAAUGGCCGACCCAUACAAAAUGGCUGCCGGGUAUGAGAUGGGUGAGAGAUCCAAGAUGGCCGCCUGGUCCAAGAUGGCCGCCUGGUUUAAGAUGCUGCCUUGGUUCAAGAUGGCCGCCGGGCCCAAGAUGGCCGCCGGAUAUAAAACAGGGGAUGAAUCCAAGAUGGCCGCCGGAUCCAAGAUGGCGGCCGGAUCCAAGAUGGCCGCCGAACACGACACAGAAGAAGAAUCCAAGAUGGCGCCGUGGGCGUGGCCGCGCCCAACAUGGCGACCAAUCGGCUUCGAGUGGGCGGAGCCCUCUCAUGCAAAUGAGGGGUGGGCGGGGCCAUUUUGGGGCGGCCAUUUUGAAGGGCGACACGGCGGCGGCCAUUUUGAAGUGGAAAGGGGCGGCCAUUUUGAAUCUGGCCGCCAUUUUGCUUCCGGCCGCCAUUUUGAAUCUGGACGCCAUUUUGAUUCCGGCCGCCAUUUUGAAGAAAGACACGGCGGCCAUUUUGAAUCCGGCCGCCAUUUUGCUUCCGGCCGCCAUUUUGAAGAAAGACACGGCGGCCAUUUUGCUUCCGGCCGCCAUUUUGAACUUCAACGCGGCGGCCAUUUUGACGGCGGCCAUUUUGAAUCCGGCGGCCAUUUUGAAUCCGGCGGCCAUUUUGAUCCCGCUUUUUUCCUCCCUCACCCCGGCCGCCAUUUUGAUGCUCCCGGCGGCCAUUUUAACCCCCCAGGCCGCCAUUUUGACUAUCCUGGCGGCCAUUUUGACCCCUCCGGCGGCCAUUUUGACCCCUCCGGCGGCCAUUUUGACCCCUCAAGGCGCCGUUUUUUCACCACCGGCGGCGGCGGCCAUCUUGCGGGCGGCCAUCUUGGGCCCCCGCCGGCGGCGCUGUCGCUGCUGUUCCUAUUGGCUGUUCUGCUGCUGCUGACGUGGCACUUCCUGUUGGUGGUGACGCUCCUGUACCGGCACAGCCGCGCCCGGAACGCCGCCGGCGCCGCGCUGGGAUGGGCCGGGUGGGCCCUGACCUACCGCGGGUGGUACCGGCGGCCGUGGGCGCCCGGCCCGCCCGGCUGGGGCUGAGAAACGGGGGAAAAAUGGGGAAAUUUGGGGAAAUUUGGGGGAAAUUGGGGAAAAUU